AUGCGUCAUCUUGCCAUAUUUACGGUGACUUUUCUCCUCGCCGUUGUUAUGCCGGUGCUGCCGCUUCUCUCGAGCGCAAAGAUUACCGUGCAUCUCGUGCCACACACGCACGAUGACAUGGGUUGGCUCAAGACGGUGGAGCAGUACCAAUACGGGAUGAAUAACACUAUUCAGAUGGCGAAUGUCAACGCGAUCAUCUCCAGUGUGGUUGGUGGAUUAUUGGUGAACCCCGAGAGAAAAUUUACGUACGCUGAGAUUGGCUUCUUCUCUCGGUGGUGGGCGGAGCAGACGAAGCAGACGCGUGAGAUUGUGCGUGGCCUCGUUGCGGAGGGCCGGCUACAGUUUGCAAAUGGAGGGUGGAGCAUGCACGACGAGGCCGCGACGCACUUUACCGAUAUGAUCGAUCAGACGACCAUUGGCCACCGGUGGCUGAAGCGCGAGCUGAACAUUGUGCCGCGCGUAGGGUGGCAGGUGGACCCCUUCGGUCACAGCGCCACACAAGGGGCGAUGCUGACAGCGCGCGCGGGGCUCAUCAGCACGUUCUUCUCCCGCGUGGACUAUCAGGAGGAUGAUUACCGCGGGAGUACAGGGCGGCGGCAGUUCUGGUGGCAGGCGAGUCCGUCGAUGCCGGAGCUGCGUACGUUUGCUGAAAUCAAUCUGCACCAGACGUACUGCCCGCCGCCGCACUUCUCGUGGGACAUCCUCGGCUACUGGCCCAAGGCCCAGUUAGAUAGCGAGACGUCUGAAAUCGUCGACGACAUUACCUCUGAGCGGUACAAUGUUCCUCUUGUGCUUGAGCGCUUCAAGGCAGAGCUGCAGAGCAACAUGAAUGUGACGCAUGGGGAGCAUGUCAUGUGGACGAUGGGCUGCGACUUUCACUACCUCUCGAGCGAUCUGUGGUAUAGCAACAUGGACAAGCUGAUCAAGAUUGUCACGGCUGAUGGGGAGUUUUCCAUACGCUACUCCAGCCCAUAUGAGUACACGCUGGCAAAGCUGGAGGAGGAACGACAGGGACUUGUAUAUGACAAGAAGAAGGGUGACUUCUUCCCGUACGCCAGCGCCCCUCACCAGUUUUGGACGGGCUAUUACACCUCGCGCCCCACCCUGAAGCGUCUCGUGAGGCAUCUGAGCAGCUACUGGACCGCCGCGAGACAGGUGGAGUUCCUCGCGGGCGUGCCCUCCGGGGAGGUACCGAUGUUGAGUGAUGCGCUCGCUAUUGCGCAGCACCACGACGCCAUUACUGGCACCGCGAAACAACACGUAGCAUUCGACUACGUGAAACGCCUCACGGCGGGCUACAAAAAUGAUUUUGCUAGUCGACUCCGCGUUGCGCUUUCACUGGAACCCUUUGGGCUUCGCGAUGCGCAACACUGCCUCCUGUCAAACGUGUCGGUGUGCCCCGCAACGGCUUCCGCUCUCGCACGCGACGGCGCGACGCUCAUAGUGACAGUGUGGAACCCAAGUGCCCAUCGUGUUGCGAAUGCACUGGUGCGGAUUCCCGUGCCUCGGGAUGAUGUGACUGUGACGGGUGCUGGCAUCAAGCGCUACUCUGUUUUCGAGUCAUCACUCCAAGUGGGCGAUUACACAGACGAGAAUCCGGGGGGGCUCCCGUACACACUCGCAGUGGAACUCCUGCUGGACCGACUUGCUGUUCUGACACUCUCCACACCCGUCUCCCAUGCAUACGCGCAGCGGCGUCGCACUUCUCGUUUUAUGGCCAAGACGCUGGAUCUGGAGUCGGUGGCGAAGGUAUCUAACGACGCUCUCGAACUCCACUUUGGCACUAAUGGCCUCUUGGAGACCGUCAUCGUGCGUGCGACGGGUCAGAAGGUGAUGGUAGUUCAGGACUGGUGUUACUUUCGGAGUAACGAGGGUGAUAACGAGAGCUUCAUAUCGGGUGGCGCGUACAUCAUGCGUCCGGUGACCGACUCGUCGUGCGAGCCUAUCACGACACAGCCGGUGAGACUCUCCCUCGUCGACGGGGCCCUUGGUGUGAUUGAGCAGCGCUUUGGGAACGAUCUGGUGCAGCGGGUGAUGCUCCGCGGGGAUGUGGUUGAUGUGGAGUUCACUUCUUUGGGCAUCCCAAUUGAAGAUGGCUUUGGUCGUGAACUUGUGGCCCGCUUCCGCACUUCUGUUAACAACAGUGGCGACUUCUUCACCGACAGCAACGGUCGCGAGAUGAUGCGGCGGCGCGUGGAUUACCGCAGCGACUACCCCUUCACGCAAACGGAGCCGGUGGCAGGCAAUUACUACCCAGUGGCCACGUUAAUGUUCAUCAACGACACACAGACGCAGUUCAGUGUUUUCCCAGAUGCACCCAUGGGUGGGACAAGUAUCCACAACGGUGAGGUGCUGCUGACGACGCACCGGCGCUUGCUCAAGGACGACGAUAAGGGCGUAGGUGAAGCUCUAAAUGAAACGGCCUCCGUCACGAGCUACGCGGGUUGUGUCCCAUCGAACAUCAGCGCGUGCGGCCACCACUACGGCGAGCAUCUGCGCGUGCGCGGCACGCUGUCAUUCGCCGUGACGGGCAGCGCGCCAACGGCGAUGCGGCGCGUGCGGGAGCAGCAGGACGAGAAAUACUACACCCCACUUGUGGUUUUCUCCUCAUCGGCUGCAAAAGCAAGCUAUGACUUCUCUUUGGGGGCCUCUCUUCCGCCGAGCCUGCAACUCCUCACGCUGCAGCUGCUCGAUGAGCGAACACUUCUUCUGCGUAUUGGGCAUCGCUACGCUGUUGACGAGGACCCUGAGCGCUCGCUUCCUGUCAAGGUGAACGUGACGGCACUUCUCGCUGACGUGCCGCGGCACACCGUCAGGAGCGUCGAUGAGAUGUCGCUCAUGGCAUCUGAAGUGGUGGAGCCUGGGGUACACACCGUGACGGUGAAGCCGAUGGAUAUUCGCACCUUCAUCUGCCACCUACAAUUGCGUUAA